AUGGCUGACAUUGGUGAUCAACUAUUAGCAGAAGAUGACGAACACAACCAAACACGUGAACAACAAGAUAUUGACUGGAUUCAAUAUUUGAGAGACAAACUGGUAAAAUUUCAUUCCAAGGUGUCUUCGUAUGGCACUAAUGUUGCCACUGCAAAGGGUAUUCAAAAAUUAUCGUCAGAAUUCGAAAUUCUUGUCUUCGGACCCGCACGAGUGGGUAAAUCGACAUUGAUUAGAGAGAUAUCUGGCGACGAAACAAUCGUCACUAGUGCUAAGAUGAACGCUUGUACCACGUCUUCAGAAAAAUAUUCGGAUAAAUUUAAUAUCCAAUGGUGGGAUACACCAGGCUUCGAGAAUUGGUCAGUGAAAACAGCAAAAGACUUCUUCAAGGACUGUUUCUACGACCGAAAAAUUCUACCGAAAGUCGCCAUUUUUUGUCGCACAGCUAAUUCUUUGGGUUCGAGCGAUGUUGUCAAGUACAUGUUUGAUGAAAUACAAAAAAACGGCAUUCUUCUUCUCUAUGUUGUGACGAAAUGGCCGUUUAUCCCAAAAUCCGAACGAAAAGAUAUUCUUCGGGAAGCAGUCUCAUUAUUGGGCGGUCGAUCAACAGGAGUGCUUCGAUCAUCAUCAACCGGAAGUUUUCGGGCAAUUGAAUGUGCACCGAAAAAGGCCUAUAUCGUUCCAGUCAAUUCAAAGGAAGAUGAAGCUUUAGGUAUGCGUGUUCCCAAGCAGAAUUUGAGAACGUUAAGACAGAUUCUCAUUACGAAGCUGGAUGAUGAAUCACAAGGCAAACUCGUUCAGUUAUACAAAGAUAAUUUGGAUUUUUGGUCAAAACUCGGCUAUGGCGCUAUCGAAAUUAUUGAUGAUCUGGGUGUAGGAACAGCUCCAGCGAUGCUUUCAGCUGAAGAAAAUGCAGUUUAUACACAGGUGAAAAAUGGCAACAAUCCAGUCAAAAAUGUUGCACCAGUUUUAAUGGCAAUCAUUGACAAGUAUUUUCAAAGUAGAUAA